AUGCCCAGAGCCUUGAAAACGAUUGAUGUGGGCAACAGCGCUCAAGCCUACUAUGCUGCGGCAACGUCUUCUGAUGCAGCAGAAAUCAUACAUAUCGCGGGUCAACCUGGCACUAAUGAUCAAGGCAAGGCACCGAGAGACUACGAGUCUCAGAUUCAGCUUGCCCUACUCAACUUGAAGAAGAUCAUACUCGCAGCAGGAUGUCAGGUUUCGGAUGUGUUGAAACUCACCUUCUACAUUGUAAACUAUCGCCCAGCUCGGCGACUUCACACGAGACAUAUGCAAAAGUUCCUCGGAUCGCAUCGACCAGCAAUGACCCUCGUCCCGGUACCCUCUCUGGCUCAGGAAGGAUGGUUGUUCGAGAUUGAUGCCGUGGUCGCGAAGCCACGGGCAAAUCCUAUCAGUCCAGCACUGUCCUCCACUUCUACACCAAGAUCCGUCGACGUUGUGAUCGUUGGAGCUGGUCUUGCAGGACUUACUGCUGCAGCACAGAUUUUACGCUCGGGUCUUUCCUGCGUCAUUCUUGAAGCGAGGGACCGCGUGGGAGGCAGAACGUGGACGACAACGACCAGCGAUGGAAAGGGCAACAUUGAUUUAGGCGCCGCUUGGAUCAAUGAUACAAAUCAAAGCAGGAUGAUAGCUUUGGCAAAGACGUUGAAACUCGAGCUGAUCGAGCAGAAUACGACGGGCAACUGUGUGCUUCAAAAUACCGAAGGCGAGCUAAGUGAUUUUCCAUAUGGUGAACUCCCGCCAUUCCAAGCUGCGAUCAAAGACAAUGUGGCUUUUGUACGGGAUCAGACAGAAGCCGAUUGCCAACAGCUCGACUCUUCCUACCCAAACGACUCUGAGCUCGACUCCAUGACCUUCGCUGCAUAUCUACGCAAAAUUGGCGCCACGGACGAUGCCCUGAAAACUGCCACAGUCUGGACGCGAGCAAUGCUUGGUCAUGAUCCCGAAGACAUCUCCGCUCUGUUCUUCCUAAGCUACUGCAAGUGCGGCGGUGGCCUGCUCCAGAUGCGCUCUGAUCGGAAGGGCGGCGGUCAACACCUCCGCAUCAAAGAGGGUACUCAGGCCUUCGCCAAAGGUUUGGCCGCUUCUCUACCAUCAGAUGUCCUGCAGCUCUCUGGCAGAGUCCAGGCUAUCCACCAGCAAAGCAAAGAAAACGUAUUCGUCCAAACCGACAGCGAAGUCUUCCGAGCUCGCAAAGUCAUCUCCGCAGUCCCACCACCAGUCCUGAAGAAAAUGUCAUUCGACCCACCUCUUCCUCUGGCGAAAAAGCUCCUGAUCGAUUCUUUCCGUUACGGCUUUUACCAGAAAGUCAUGGUUGUCUUUAAGUCACCGUUCUGGAUCUCGAAAGGCUACUGCGGCCUGAUACAAUCCUUCACCGGACCUGCAGCAGUGAUUCGAGACACGAGCAUCCCUUCCGAGAAGAAGUGGGUUUUGACAUGUUUCGUAGCUGGGACGGUCGGACAAGAAUGGUCGAAGAAGGAUCAGGUCACGCGAGAGAAGGUCUUGUUGGAUCAAAUCGUCGCUUUAUACCGCUCUCCCAAUGCUAGGACCGAGUUGGUCGAGUUCGUUACAACGCCUUGGAGUGAUGAGGAGUUUACUGGUUACGGAUGUCCCAGUCCGGCUUUACCGCCAGGCGUGCUUCAGGCAGCAGGUCAUGCGAUUCGAGAUCCUUUCCAAGAUUUGCAUUUUGUUGGGACGGAGACGAGUGAGGCUUGGAAGGGAUAUAUGGAAGGUGCUGUUCGGUCUGGCGAGAGAGGUGCAGGAGAGGUGGUUGAGGCUUUGAUGAAGGUUGUUGCGAAGCUGUAG